CAACAAAAAAUCCUGGUUAUAAAUACCGCAACCCAGCCCAAAACCCUGAGAACCAGUGACUUCCCAUCUUCAGACUUCAGGUCUGUAACCAUGACGAGCAAAGAUUGUCCCCUUGAUUCAACGAAGAAUAAGGGAACGGACAGUUGUUCGCGGAUUUGCGAUCUAGUCACUGAUUCGCUCCUCCCUUACAUCGAACCAAGGUGCUGUCAACUUACCAAGGAAACAGAGAAGGAUUUGCUAUUAUCUCUUUCUAUGAUUUCUAAGAAAAUUAAGCAGUUGGCAAGUGAGGAUGGAUGCCGAUUUGAGCAGGAUUUUGUGGAAAAUUUUGUGUCUGCUCAUUCUUGUUCGAAGAAUUUGGAUCAGCAUUUUGUAGGAGAGUACUGUUGUCUAGCAAAUAUGGUCACUACUAUGGUGUCCUUCUUGAAUAUUGACAAUCAGUUUGUUCAACAUGUUGCUGGAAAUAUCCUUUCUUCCCUGUCCUGCUUGCUGACUAGUUAUGUCAACAAAUGGCUUGAAUUUAUUCAUAUGCUGUUGAUUAUCGUAGAAUCAUCAAUUUCAAGCAUUUGUUCUGCGAUGUCAUCAACUAUGGAAUCCAUUGUUCUUAUAGAUGGAAGUUCACUGCACUGUUACCCACUUACUAUUGGUGAGACAUUCCAAACAGAAAACCCAUGCUUUGACUUCACAGGGUUCAUUGCACUCUUACAAGCAAGAUUAGGGAAAGUGAGUUGGCCUGUUGUGGCAGCACUUACUCGAAUUUUACGCAAUAUACUGAAAUCUUUGAAACUUGAAAAUGGUGACCUUGAAGGUGCAUUCACGGGCCUUGUUGUCUCCUCUCUAGUAAAAAUCCCUUGGGAUGUAUUUUGUGGGAUCCAUGCCAGUGAAUCGCUUAUGAUUCAUGUGGGUUUAGGCAAAGUUGAUUUACAAGAUAGACAUAAUGGUUUAAAAAGGACGACAGGUGUCCUUUUAGGAACUGUACUGCAAUUAUUAUGUUCCUUAGUUAAGCAAGAUUAUUCAGAGGAUGAAAGGGAUGGCCCUUUAGGGGAGCUGGCUACGUACUCCAAGUUUACUAAUCUAGUACCACAACUUCUUUCUAGUUGUUUCUCUAAAUGCAUGAGACAUAAAGACAUGGGCCUUUCUACAUAUCUGAGACACAAAAUGUUGGUUCUAAUGACCCGGCUUAGUUUUCACAACCAGUGGCACAUCUCUCAACCUGCGUCAUAUCUCAGAUUAUUGAGACUAUAUUUUGAAGACCUUAUAUUCAAGACAUUCUCAGAACUGAAUGCUGGUUAUGCUGGUUCUGGAAAUUGUUUGGAAGGUUCUCCAUAUUUGUGCAGUUUUAAUGAUAGAGAUACACACACUCGACAUCUGCAGAGGCUGGUCAUUUUUCUACAUUUUAAGUGUUGUUUCGUAUUGGUCCACUGGAAACAAACUGGACAAGGGUGUCUAUGGUACACACAAACACUCUUUCCAUCAACUGCAGGGUUGCACUUUGCGGUGAGACCUGCUGCCACAUGGGAUUCUUGGAGCUUUCAGAGUGUUUUUCUAGGUGUGAUUUUCCAGAAGUCAGUGGACUCUGACAAUUUCUCAAAAGCAUGCGGCAUCUUUUCUUUAUCUUUUCUGCAGCUUUACAUGGAGGAGGAUGAUAUACUAUUUGAAAUGCUGUUGUUGCUAUUGCGUGCUCCGUUCUUUGCUUUACAAGUGCAGAGUAUUGCAACUGAUAAAUCUUCUAGGGAGACAGAAGGAGAUGUGCAUUAUUAUAUGACAGGCAUUUUUCAUCCCAUUCAUUUGUUUCAUUGGUUCCUUAUAUUGUUACAUUAUGAUCACUUGGUGCUUAUUGAUUAUCUUAUUUCAAAGGCUACAGGAGUUCAAUGUGCACAGUAUCUUUUAAGGUGUCUACACAUAAUUUGCAAGUUCUGGUCUGUAUUUGUUGAAUUUUCGUCAUGGGGAAAUGAGACAGAUCAAAGAUAUUUGAAGAGAAGAAAGAUAUCUCCGGAUACUACUAAUUGUGGUGCGAAGUUAUUGUCUUUUCCUAUCUCUAUGGAGGUUAAGAGGAAAGAUUUUAGCAGGAAGGAAAUUUUUAGAAAGCAUAGGAGCAUCAGGCUACAUAGUUUUGAAAAUGCCAAAGAAUGCUUGUUGUCUUUAAAAAGAACAGUUGCUGAUCUCCAUCAGAAAAGUUUGUUUCCUUACAACCCCAAGCCUCUUCUUAGGAGUCUUACCAGAUUUGAGGAGCUUUGCACACAGUAGGACAACUACUUGAAACUUGACAUGCAUCAUUCUUCUUUUGAAAAUAUCAGUCUUGUGGCUGUAUUUUCAGAGGCGCUCAUUGACAUCCUUAAGAGGAAUGGGAAGCGACUGUUCUCAAACAAGAGAAUUCUGGUGAGGUUUCUACAGAUAUGAAAAUAGCUAUUCCGUCCAUGCCUUCACUCCACAUGAUUUCUUUUCUCUUUCAAGCAUGCCUGGAAAUACACGAAGUUGGAGGCAAUGUCCUUGACGAAAAACUAUGCUCAGGAAGUUUGCUGGUAGGUUACUGGGGAAGGUUAUUGGCAUCUAUGAGAAUUUCCUUCCAACCGCUGAGGCUCCUGAAUCUCGAGUUUCAGAAAAAUGAGCAUUACAAACUCUGUUGGAUGUCAGAUUUAGACGAAAGCAGAUAUAGGAAUCUGUAGUACGGACCCAGCCAUGGGGUUAAUACGGAGGCUUUCCCAAAGACUGGAUCCUAUUGACUGGCCUAUGUAACUUUCCCAUUUGAAACCUUUUAUAUUUAUAUUAGUUUAGAAUGAAAACUAUAUUUCCUGCACUCCUUUUGCUGCAUCAACUUAAAAACUGAUUAUCGGUAUAAAGCCCAUCUCUAUGAUCAUCAUGUAAGCUUUUCCCAAAAUAUUGAAGCUGUUUUAGAACAUAAUUUUGCGUACUGAGUCGUCUAAGGACGAUUUGCCAGCUUUUACAAUCAUCUAUAAUUUGAUAUCUCUUCUUUAGGAUAUAAGCCCCCAAAACCGAAAGGUUGCUUCUUCUAUGUGUUGGAGU